AUGGCAGGUCCAGAUGUACUGCGGCAGGAUAACAUCCUGGACAUUGCAGCCAAAGCAAUCCAGCCCCAAGGCGAUGGUCAGCCGAGUCUCAAAACAUCCUAUGAAGCCGUGGCUCUGAUCGGCCAUGCUUGUAUGGCGGCGGUGGACUUCAGGCUGGUGGGACUCGGGGAAGACCACACUAUAGAUACAUCCACAGAGAGUCCUACCCUCCCCGCAGAAUGGAACGCUAACUCUACAUGUGCCUUUCGGUAUGCACACGCGCAGUCGUCGAUGCAGUUCCUGCUCAAAGUCAGUCGGCUCGGGAACAACGCUGUGAUAUUUGCAUUGGCCCUGGGCGACGACCGCACCAGCUCAUUUGACCUCGCCGUCAAGGACUACACGUCCGAGUCCGCCCUCCCCCUAUCCUCCUCAGACAAUCUCACAGGUGCUCUGCGCGACGUGUUUAUCUCACCUGCCCGCCUAAACGAUUUAAUCGGAUUAUUCAAAAUCAACGUCAUCCAGAAGCUCGCACCCGGGCUGUACAAGGAAGGGUAUGAGGAUACGAGUCAAGUCUCUCGAGAGCGACCCGACGAGCAAAGGCCACGAGACCCCCUCCGAGACGACUCGCUCCCUCAGCCUGCCCGUCCCUACCCAUUCGAUGAUCCCCUGGCGGCAGCGCCUCGCCGGCCCAACCCUCCGGGAGACUUUGCCCCGCCAGGGUUUGAGGAUGAGUUCGAGAUCUACCGCCCCCCGCACGGCUAUCCGCCAGGGAUGGGUAGGAGAAAUCCAUACAAUAUUGGAGAGCGUGACCUGUAUCCUCCGGGACUUGGUCCUAAUGAUCCUCUUCGGGGCACCAUGGGUCCCGGCUUCGGGCCCCGCGGCGGUGGCAUGCAUCCCACGUUCGACGACCCGCUCUUUGGGGGAUCGGGCGGAUCAGGGAAUGGAGAAUAUGACCCUCGCGCACCACCGGGAGCACGAUAUGACCCUGUAGGUCCGGGCGAGCCUCCCAUGGGACGCAAUCGCGGACCAUUUGGUCGAGGAUUCGGCGGAGGUUCUGGCGGAUUCGGCGGGUUUGGGGGAGAUAUUAUCUAG